AUGGAUAGAUUUCUGAAAAAACGUAAGUUAGAUACAAAUGAAGAGAUGCAGGGUCUGAGGCAGUCUGUUGAAGCCGCAGCCACUGCCAAUGAUGCUGCCUCGUCGAAAUUACCAAGAAAGGAGGGAAUUAACCUGCAACUAAAAGUUUGUCAAUAUUGUGAAAACUACAUAGCUCUGGGAUUUACUUGGACUGGAAACCUAGACUGCCCUUCCCUUUUGUGUACUGUUUGUGGGGAGAAGCUGGCUAAUAGUGCUAUGGCACCAGCCAAACUGAAACGACACUUAACAACUAAACAUCCAGAGUUGUCAGGCAAAAAUGAACAAUAUUUUAAAAGAGAAUUGGCAUUUAAUAAAAGGCAAGUUUCUAUGUUUGCCAAAAAGUUCAAGUUGAGUGACAAAGGACAAGAAGCAAGUUAUGCUGUGGCGGAGAUAGUUGCAAGAAAAAUGUAA